UCAGCAAGACUGGAUUAAACAUUAACUCAGCUGUCACCACAGCCCAGAGCAGCAAGCGCCCCAAAGCCAAGUUUCAGACCUGCCUGGUGUUCCUAGACUAAGGAGUGAGCAGCAGACAUGGCUCACUUUGCACAGGUCAUGGCUGAAGUGGGCGACUUUGGUCGCUUCCAGGUACAGGUGACCAUCCUGAUGGGCAUCCCCAACUUCCUGUCUGCAUUCUUCGUGUUUAGUCAGAUCUUCAUGGUCCUUGAUGAGGCUCACCACUGUUCAGUGUCCUGGGUCAAGAACCACACUUUCAACCUAAGUGCUGCUGAGCAGCUGGCAGUCAGCAUCCCCAACGACACGGCAGGCAGACCUGAGUCCUGCCUCAUGUUCCGGCCCCCUCCUGACAACGCCAGCCUGCAAGACGUCCUCAGCCACCGCUUCAAUGAGACCCAGGCCUGUGACUCAGGCUGGGACUAUCCUGAGAACAGGCCUCAGUCCCUGAAGAAUGAGUUUGACCUGGUGUGUGAUCGGAAGAACCUGAAGAGCACUUCACAGUCAGUGUUCAUGGCUGGACUCCUCGUUGGGGCCCUCGUCUUUGGGCCUGUCUGCGAUUGGAUUGGCCGAAGACCCUCCCUCCUGGUGCAGCUACUCCUGUCUGCCAUUACGAGCAUAGCCACAGCCUUUGUGUCCAGCUUUGAGCUCUAUAUGGCCCUACACUUUGCUACAGCUACUGCUAUCGCUGGAUAUUUACUAAGCACCAAUGUCCUCCUUUCAGAAUGGGUGGGGCCGUCCUGGAGAACAAAAGCCAUGGUCCUGGCCCAGAGCAGCUUUGCCAUUGGACUGAUGGUGCUAGCAGGCCUGGCCUAUGGUGUCCGCAACUGGAGACUCCUUCAGCUAAUAGGCACCACACCAGUCUUCUUGCUUGUCUUCUACUUCUGGGUUUUGCCAGAAUCUCCACGGUGGCUCCUCUCCCAAGGAAAGAUAGAGGAGGCCAAACAGCUGGUCCAGAAGGCGGCUUCAGUGAACAGGCGGCCACUUUCUGCAGAGCUCCUGAGCCAGCUGGUCCCUGAGAAGACAGGCCCCUCGGGGAAUGCCCUGGAUCUUUUCAGACACCCCCGUCUCAGGAAGGUGACCCUGAUUCUCAUUGCUGUCUGGUUUGUGGACAGUCUGGUGUACUAUGGCCUCAGCUUCCAAGUGGGGGACUUUGGCCUUGACAUCUACCUGACACAGCUAAUAUUUGGGGCAGUGGAGUUGCCUGCCCGCUAUUCCAGCAUCUUCAUGAUGGAGAAGCUGGGUCGCAAGUGGAGCCAGUUAGGUUCUCUGACUCUGGCGGGCGUCAUGUGCGUCGUCAUCAUCUUCAUCCCAGCAGGUCUCCCCACGGUGGUCACUGUGCUAGCCGUGGUGGGGAAGUUUGCCUCAUCUGCUGCCUUCACCAUAUCCUAUGUGUACACUGCUGAGCUCUUUCCCACCAUCAUCAGGCAAACAGGCAUGGGGUUGGUGAGCAUCUUCUCCAGGAUUGGUGGCAUCAUCUCACCGCUUGUGAUGCUGCUGGAACAGUACCACAGGGCACUCCCCAUGCUCAUCUUUGGCAGCCUCCCAAUCGGAGCAGGCCUACUGUGUGCUCUGCUGCCUGAGACACGGGGCCAGACGCUGAAGGACACCAUCCAGGACCUGGAGCAGGGGUGCCCCCCACGGUCCCACAAUGCAACAGCUCAGAGAAAAGAAGUGGAGGCCACAGGAAGGACUUCCAAUAGGAGGAUGGCCGUUGUGAAGAGUUCAUACUUCUGAUGACAGUCACUAAGAGCCAGCCCAUCAAAACAGAGCACUGCCCACACCAUCUUCUGGAUUUUGUCAGGAUCCAAAGGGAAACAGGGACCAGGCAGCCUUGUUCAUGUAGGCAACACACCAUGACCUGUUCACAGCCUCGGCUCCAUGCUGUGAACCCAAUGGAAGUAUCAAGGACUGUACCCCUUUCUCCUCACACACACACACCACACCGCAGUGCCGUGACUUGGUCUUCCUUGACAGUC